AUGAAGUGUUCUGUUAUUUAUUCGUCAUUCAUAUUUGCAAUCAUUUUAAUUGCUGGUUCAAAAGUGCAAUGUGCUUCAUCGUAUUCAUCGAAAUAUUUGGCUAAAAAGAGAAAUGCACCUGAAGGUCGCAUUGAACCAGUUACAACAAGUCUUAUUGUGUCCGCUCUUGCUCCUGUAGUUCUUAAUCUCUUUACUGGUCUUUUGGGUAAUUUAUUCAACAAGCCCAAUGAUACUGAACAACGUGUUAUUUAUGGUCGACCAAUGCAAGUAAAAUUAUGCGGUGAUGCAAAUUGUAUGCAAUUAUUAGAUAAAGGUUCAGGUAUAACAACUGUAGGUAAAGGUGAUACAGUUCAACAUGCAUUGGGUGAUGCUGUUGGCGCAAUGUUAACAGCUUUAUUAGAAAGAAAUUUAUUAAGCAUGCAUGAUUUAUGUCGUGAACAUAUUCAUUUUCCUCAUCCAGAUAAAGAAAAUUGUCCUCAUGUAGAAAUUAAUACGUGUGAACUUAGUAAACCUGUUUUACCUCAAUCUGCAUGUAUGGACACGCACGGCGACAAAUAUUGUAGUAAUAUGAAAAACUAUUGCAAGGAUACUAUGUUUGCAACAUUUAUGAUGGCAAAUUGUUAUAAGACAUGCACAGACAAUUGCUACAAGCCACCACCUGGUCCAUGUGAUUACUAA